AUGAAAUGGAACAAGUUGCCCAAGUACAAUGACCUUCCUAGGGACAAGAAUACUGGUGAUCGUACGGCGUGGGGCUUGUUCGACCAAGGUGGAGUCAAAGAUCAGAUUGGUACCAUCAAUCUUCUCACGCCAGAAGUUGUGGCAAAUGCUGCAAAAGAGAUUCGCUGUGGAAAGAGUGUUUCGUUGAACUGGGGGCUUGAGAAGAUGCAUCAACCAGGAUUUGGACGCACAAGUCUUGUUCACAAGUUCAUCGAUUGGAGGGGAAAGGACGGUUAUGACUUCUACUCGUACGACGACGAGAUCACUGUCAACACUCAAACAGGAAGUCAAUGGGAUGGCUUGCGACACUGGGGCCACGGCAGCACAGGAUUUUACUAUAAUGGCGUCCAUCAUGACGAUCUGUUGAAAGGCUCGCAUCUCGGGAUUGAUCACUGGAAUGAUCGCGGAGGUAUUGUAGGUCGAGGUGUCUUCCUGGACUACCAAUCAUGGGCGGAGCGUAACAACAUCUCAUUCAGUCCAAUGUCACGGCAUCGCAUCACGCUGAAAGAUCUGCUUACAAUUGCCAAAGAAGAGAAUGUGGACUUUCGCUUUGGUGAUGUUCUCAUUGUGCGAACGGGCUGGAUCAAGUGGUAUGAAGAGAACAGCCAAGAGGAAAGGAUCAAGUACAUCACGAAUGGAAAUGCAUGGGUCGGCGUUGAAGGAUGUGAGGAGACCUUGGAGUGGCUUUGGAACAAUCACUUUGCGGCCGUCGCAGGAGAUUCAAUUGGAUGGGAAGUCUGGCCACCAAACAAGGGAUAUCGAUUGCACGAUCAUCUUUUGUCAUUGUGGGGCAUGCCGAUAGGAGAGAUGUGGGAUUUGGAGGCUUUGGCAGAAGAAUGCAAGAGACAGAAAAGGUGGACAUUCUUCUUGACGAGUGCUCCAUUAAAUACGACGGGUGGAGUAGCGAGCCCGCCAAAUGCUUUGGCCAUAUUUUGA